AGACCUUAUUCAAGCUUUCGAGAUCGACCAGUUAAGGUCUUCGUGGUUAUAUCUCCUAAUCAGGAUGAUAUUCUCGUUGUUGUGCAUCAUCAUUUCAUUGAUGGCCAUCAUUCUGUAUCUAGAUGUGAAGAAGCCCAAAAAUUAUCCUCCAGGCCCUGCGUGGCUCCCUAUAGUUGGCUGUCUCUUUCAAUUCAAGAAACUCAAGAAAAAGAACGGUUACCAACACUUGGCAUGGCAGGAACUGCACAAGAAGUACGGUGACGUCGUUGGGACAAAAUUGGGUAGAAAAUAUGUUGUGGUUGUUUUUGGAGAGGAGGCUGUUGCCCAAAUACUCACCAGAGAAGAGUUUGAAGGAAGACCGGAUGGCUUCAUAUUCAGAAUGCGCACCUUUGGAAGAAGAUUGGGUUUGGUCUUUUCCGAGGGGGAUUUCUGGAAGAAACAGCGUAAAUUCUCGAUACAAAGGCUCAAAAAAUUCGGCUACGGCGGAAAACAGAUGAUCGAAAAAGUAGAAGAGGAAACGGCCUACUUGAUGGAGGCAUUCUUGAAGAAAUCCACGGAACCCCUUUUCAUGCAUGAUGCCUUUGAUAUCUCCGUAAUAAACGUGCUUUGGACGAUGAUAGCAGGGGAACGUUUCGAUCUGGAAGACGUUAAGUUGAAGCAGCUGAUGGGCAUCAUACAUGAUGCUUUCAGGAUGCUGGAUAUGUCCGGUGGAGUCUUGAAUCAGAUCCCUCUUUUGCGGUACCUGGCGCCUAAAUCCAGUGGGUACAGGGAGAUCAUGGAGGUGAUGCAAGGGCUCUGGAACUUUCUAGAAGAUACAGUUAAAGACCAUAAAUGCAACUUUAGUGCCGACAAUCCAAAGGACUUGAUUGAGGCUUUCCUCCAAGAAAUGACCACCCAAAAUGAUGACAGUUUUUCAGAUGAACAACUCAUUGCCUCUUGCUUAGAUCUUCUGAUGGCAGGCUCUGAAACGACAAGCAAUACUCUGAGUUUUGCCGUCGUUUAUAUGUUAAAAUAUCCAGAAGUGAUGAAGAAGGUUCAGUUGGAACAGGACAAAGUGGUAGGGAGAAACCGUAGCCCAACAUUGCAGGAUUCUGUCAAACUUCCUUAUACGAAUGCAGUCCUGAAAGAAGUACAGCGAAUCGCAAACAUUCCUCCUGUUGGAAUUGCCCAUAGGGCAGUGAGAGAUGCCGAAUUGUUCGGUUACACUAUUCCAGAAGACACGAUCGUACUAACCAGCCUGUAUAGCGUUCACAUGGACCCUAAAACUUGGCAAGAACCACAUUCAUUUAGACCAGAGCGUUUCCUUGGGGAUGAAGGGAAGACGAUUGGGGAGAAGUCUUUUCUUCCUUUUGGAUAUGGAAAACGUCAGUGUUUGGGAAUUUCCUUGGCGAAAGCGAACUAUUUCCUCUUUUUCACCUCCCUCUUGCACCGUUUUCAUCUGGAAAAGGUGCCUGGAGAUCUACAACCGGAUGUCAAUGGAUUUGAUGGUAUCACCUUGUCACCGAAACCUUUCAAAGUGAGACUCAUUCCACGAUGAAGACAUUUUGGAGGAAGGGGCGGAUUUUGAAGACUGACAUUUUUUUGAAGCUGUACAAAAGCUCUAUACGAAUAAAUUAAGUAUAAAUUAGAAAGGUGUU